AGAAGCUGCUUUGGCUCAAGGUCCCAUGCGCAGGAAGUGGCUGUCCUGCGUUGACCGCACUCGGGGGGGUCUGGUUAUUCGCGUGCUUCAGUUCAACAUCUUGGCUGACUCCCUAGCAGAUGGCGCUGAAAACUCCGGCCAGGCAUUGCCUGCAGCACACCUGUGUGAAACUGGUGCUGCGGGCUGUCACUACCAUUUUCAGGCAGAGAGCCCAUGUCACACCUUCAGGACGUCAAAGUUGAAUUUGGACUGGGAAUACCGAAAACCGCAAAUCUUGGAGAUUCUACGGCAAGCCAAUGCUGAUUUGAUUUGUUUGCAGGAGGUCGACUGUUUUGGCGAUCUCAAGGCUGCCCUUCAGAGCUGUGGCUUUCAGGGUAGCUUUUGCAAGAAGUCCUGGAGGAAAAUCAAAGAUGGCAGUGCAGUCUUCUGGCGCCAAAAGCUGUUGACGCUUGUUGACCGGAUGGCUUUGCGGGUUCUCCCUGGAAGCGCUAUGACAGCGCUAUUUCUACGCUUGGCCACGUGUGAUGGGAAGCAUGUGGUGGUAUGUGCAACCCACCUGAAGGCAGGAUUCUCGGUUGAGAUGGAAGAGCAUCGCUUGGCGCAGGCCCUUGCCUUGCAAAAACAUCUACAGAAAUUUGUGGGUGACACAGAUGACACUCCCAUCAUCUUGGCAGCAGAUCUCAAUGCUCAUCAUUCACCCUAUGCGCUUUGCACUGCGGCCGUGUGCAAUGAUCCUCGAGCAGUGGUUGAGCCGAAAGCCAUCCGUGCAUUUCUCGAUGGUGGGUUUCAAAGCGCGUAUCCAAAAUUCCCAUCUUUCACCGCUUGGUCUGGAUGGCUGGAUCGUGAUGUAAAAGCCAACCUUGAUUAUAUUUUAUUGAAAGGACCUGUGCACACUCUGGGCGUUUUGGAGGGCCCUGACGAGCAAGCAGUCUCACAUUGUGCAGAACUGCUUCCAAAUGAACAUUGGCCAUCCGAUCACAUUCACCUGUUGGCAGAUGUUGAAGUCUUCUGAUUUUUUGGAGCAAAAUAACUUGACAUAAUGUCACAAAAAUCGAGACACGCAGAUCGCACAUGAACUCGACACCGGUAGAACAAGAUGCUCGCAGAGACAGUAACUAGACUUCAUCAUUCAGGAAAUUUCGGUUACAUUUUCCCAGACUUUUCGGUUUCUUGAUGAUUGUGAACCACCUCACGUCCUUGCUUCCCCAGCUUAAGAGCGACGUGAGGGGGGGGCAGGGCGGAACAAAAAAUCACAAGAUUUCGUGGCACAGUGUUUGAACAGACAGAAGGGCAUUGCUGCAUCGGCUCACAAUGCAAAAA